AUGGCACAGAGGCAUUCGCCUCAAUCCGCCCCCCAUUUUUCCCCUCCUUUCCCCCCUGCUUCCCCCCUUUCCCCCCACGGCUUCCCCUCCUUUCCCCCCUUGCUUCCUCUCCUUCCCCCCCCAGCUUCCCCCCUUUUCCCCCACGGCUUCCCCUCCUUCUUCCCCCAUGCUUCUCCUCCCUCCCCCCCCUGCAUCCCCUUCUUUCCCCCCUUGCCCUCCUUUCCCCCCCUGCUUUACCUCCUUUCCCCCCCUGCUUCUCCUCCUUUCCUGCUUCCCCUCCUUUCCCCCCCCUGCUUCCCCUCCUUUCCACCCCUGCUUCCCCCCUAUUCCCCCACGGCUUUCCCUCCUUCCCCCCCCUUCUUCCCCUCCCUUUCCCCCCUGCAUCCCCUCCUUUCCCCCCUUUGCUUGCCAUCCUUUCCCCCCACUGCAUCCCCUCUUCUCCCCCCCGGUUUCCCCUCCUUUCCCUCCCUGCAUCCCCUCCUUUCACUCCUUGCAUCCCCUCCUUCCUCUCCCUGUUUCCCCUCCUUUCCCUCCUGUUUCCCCUCCUUCCCCCCCCUGCAUCGCCUCCUUCCUCUCCCUGUUUCCCCUCCUCUCCCCCCCUGCAUCCCCUCCUUUCCCUCCCUGCAUUCUCUGAUUUCCCCCUCUGCUUCCCCUCCUUUAACUCCCUGCAUUGUCUCCUUUCCAUCCCUGCAACUCUCCUUUACCCCAUCUCACCCAAGCAACUCCCUUUCUCCUCACUUGCCAUUUCCUGCCGCUAUAUGCAUUGGAUGUGUCUGCCAUGACUGUCCCCAUGCACCCCACCCAUCCUCCACGCUCCCCAUCUCUCCCAUCCCAUUCCUCCCUCCCCCCAUCUCUUCCUCACCCCAUCUCUUCCUCGCCCCAUGUCUUCUUCACCCCAACUCAUCCUCACCCCAUCUCUCCCUCACCCUGCCUCUCCCUCACCCCAUCUCUCCCUCACCCCAUCUAUCCCGCCUUCUAUCUAUACCCCCCAUGCCCCCCAUUUCAUCCUCUUCCCAGCAAUUCCUCGGCCUCUAA